GAUACCGAUCCUUGCCCACCCGGUUGUAACAAGGAUUGUGGAGUAGCAACCAGCAAACCGUUAUGUGGAAAAUGUGGUGGUGCUUUUUACCUUACAUGCCAAUGUGGCUUAGAUGAAUUCCAACAGAAGCAACAACAUAGUUUUGAAUGCCGCGCACCCCAAUGGAUCAUAGAUUUGAUGCCUCUAAUCGUAGAUCCAGUAAUUCUAAAUGAUUAUAGCUUUAAGAAAAAAUUUGUGCUUUACUUUGCUGCUGUUUUUGAAUUACUAUGCCCGGCUAAUACU